AUGUCGGACACGUGGAGCUCCAUCCAGGCCCACAAGAAGCAGUUGGAUUCGCUGCGGGAGCGGCUGCAGCGGCGCAGGAAGCAGGACCCGUGGGACCCCACCCCCCCCCGCACCUCCAGCCCGGCCCCUCCCCCUCCCUCCUCCUCCUCCUCCCCUCCCCCGCCUUCCUCCUCCUCCUCCUCGGCGACGUCAGCGCUGACGUCAUCGUCCCGCCCCCCCGCCGCCGAUGACGUCACCGCUUGCGACCCCGCCCUCGAGCGCCGCCUCCUCCUGCUCCUCGCCGACCCCCCCCUGGCCCUGCCCGCCGACGCCGACGCCCUCUGCCGCGUCAUCGCCGCCGAUGACGUCACGGCGACGCGCGGCGGCGUGGAGAGCCUGCUGCAGAAGUUCGCGGCGCAGGAGCUGAUCGAGGUGCGCCGGGGGCUCCUCCCCCCCGACGGCGCCAUGGUGGUCACCUACGCCGACCGCUCCAAGCUGAGCGCCAUGACGGGCGGGGCCGUGACGGGGGGGAGGAAGAGGAAGGCGGAGCAAGAUGGAGGCGGUGGGGGGGGGAUGGCGGCCAUGGGAGCGGGGGGAGGGGGAGGGGGGGGUGGGGGAGGGGGAGUGGGGGAGGGGAAGGAGGCGAUGAAGAGGGCGCGCAAGAUGGCGUCCGACGUGGACCUGGAGAUCGAGAGCUUGCUGAGUCAGCAGUCCACCAAGGAGCAGCAGAGCAAGAAGGUGAGCCAGGAGAUCCUGGAGCUGCUCAACACGACGACGGCGAAGGAGCAAUCCAUCGUGGAGAAGUUCCGGUCCCGCGGGCGCGCCCAGGUCCAGGAGUUCUGCGACCACGGCACCAAGGAGGAGUGCGUGAGGGCCAGCGGCGCCGAGCGGCCCUGCCGCCGCCUGCACUUCCGGCGCAUCAUCAACAAGCACACGGACGAGUCCCUGGGGGACUGCUCCUUCCUCAACACCUGCUUCCACAUGGACACCUGCAAGUACGUGCACUACGAGAUCGACGCCGGCCCCACGGCGCCGCCCCACAGCCCCCCCGCCGCCGCCCCACGCCAGCGCAGCCCCCCCCCCAAGGAGCUGGCCCGGCCCCCCGGGGGGAGCGACGCGGGCGCCGAUCGGCUCUUCCCACCGCAGUGGAUCUGCUGCGACAUCCGGUACCUGGACGUGAGCAUCCUGGGCAAGUUCGCGGUGGUGAUGGCCGACCCGCCCUGGGACAUCCACAUGGAGCUGCCCUACGGGACGCUCACCGACGACGAGAUGCGGCGCCUCAACAUCCCCGUGCUGCAGGACGAGGGCUUCCUCUUCCUAUGGGUCACCGGGAGGGCCAUGGAGCUGGGCCGCGAAUGCCUCAACCUCUGGGGGUACGAGCGCGUCGAUGAGAUCAUCUGGGUGAAGACCAAUCAGCUGCAGCGCAUCAUCCGCACCGGCCGCACCGGGCACUGGCUCAACCACGGCAAGGAGCACUGCUUGGUGGGGGUGAAGGGCAACCCCCAAGGCUUCAACCGCGGCUUGGACUGCGACGUCAUCGUGGCCGAGGUGCGCUCGACGAGCCACAAGCCCGAUGAGAUCUACGGCAUGAUCGAGCGGCUCUCGCCCGGCACGCGCAAGAUCGAGCUCUUCGGGCGGCCACACAACGUCCAGCCCAACUGGAUCACGCUGGGGAACCAGCUGGACGGGAUCCACCUGCUGGACCCGGACGUGGUGGCGCACUUCAAGCAGCUCUACCCCGACGGCGUCAUCUCCAAGCCCAAAAACCUCUAGUUCCGCAGCCCCGAUUUGGGCU